AUGCUGAACCGGACAAAGUCAGCGUUGAUAUAUUCGUCUCCUUGGUCUCUUGAUAUAUAUGACAGCAUCAAGAUAGUGUCCCUCACAAGAUCAGGGCCAAACUUGAACUGCUUGUCGCCAUAUACCAACUUCCUGAAUAGGUCAUCUAUAACACACGAGAGAGCAAGAUUCUUGAACACAAUAAGCUCAAUCCAAGUAUGCAUGACAUCGUCUUUGGGACCAGACACCCGAAGACCUAGUGGUGGUGCAUCAUCUUUUUCGACUGGAAGAAAAGGAAGCUGCCUCUGA